AUGCUCACUGCUUUAUUAAUUAGGCAUGUGGUCCCUUAUCAUCGUGGCCUUCUCGUGAAAUACCAAGCACACAUAAAUGUUGAAUGGUGCAAUCGUACCCUCUCUAUAAAAUAUCUGUUCAAAUAUAUUGGCAAGGGUCCAGAUACAGUGACAAUUCUGUUAGAGAGUCAUGGAACACAAGCACCAACUACAGACAUACCCUCGAGCUCCGUCAAGAAACUGUGUGUAGAUGAGGUAAAGAACUAUUUGUCAUGUCGAUAUGUGUCAGCAGCCGAGUCAUGUUGGCGCCUAUUUGAGUUUCCAAUACAUCACAGGGAGCCUUUUGUUCAGCGAUUAUAUUUUCACUUGGAAAAUGAGCAGGAAGUAAGGUUUCGUGACAAUGAAACUUUGCCAGAGGUUGUUCGGCGGGUCGACCCUGACGGCACCAUGUUUAUUCAGUGGAUGUUGAAUAAUCGUAAUGAUGAGCUUGGGCGGGACUUGACAUUUAUUAAGUACCCAACAAAAUUCAGAUGGGAUGCAUCAGCUAAACGUUGGUUUCGCCGCAAACAAAAUAUUGAGGUGGUUGGACGCAUGGUCUAUGCACAUCCGGCUUCGGGGGAACGUUUUUACAUGCGCUUACUAUUGAACCUUGUGGUCGGGCCACAGAGUUUUGAGGACAUCAGAACGGUGGACAACAUUAUAUACCCUACGUAUAAGGAAGCAUGCUUUCAUAGAGGAUUGCUUGAAUCAGAUAAAGAAUGGCAUAUUGCUCUUUCCGAUGCCUCGCUCUAUGCAAAUGCAUCGCAAAUCCGGGACUUAUUCGUCACUUUAUUAGUUUUCUGUGAAAUUAGCAACCCGUCAGAGCUUUGGGAGAGGCAUUGGGUAGCACUCACUGAUGACAUAGAAUAUACUCGACGGAAAAUUACAAAAUUGCCAAACUUAAAACUCACUGAUGAUGACAAGCAAAUGUUGGCCCUGGAGGCGAUUAAUGGGCUGUUAAAGCAAUAUGGGAAAAAGGUUGCAGAUUACCCAGGUUUGCCUGACCUUAAUAUCUCCUCAGGUACUAAGUACAUGAACGAGUUAUUGCUAAAAGAGAUGAUGUAUGAUCGGGAACAGCUUAAAUUAAAGUCAGGUGAGGGUAUACAAUGCUUGAAUUAUAUGCAGCGAAUCAUCUUUGAUCGAAUACUGGAAUCAGUGCAUACAAAUAAUGGCGGCUUCUACUUUAUAUAUGGCCCUGGUGGGACGGGGAAAACAUUCUUGUGGUCGACUAUUAUAGCGAGCCUUAGGAGCGAAGGGAAGAUUGUCCUACCUGUUGCCUCCUCCGGUAUUGCUUCACUACUAAUGGAAGGUGGUCGGACAGCUCACUCACGAUUUAAAAUACCAAUUGAUGUCAAUGAAUUUAGCUGUUGUGACAUUAAACAAAACACACACCUCGCUGAGCUGAUAUGUAACACAGCCUUGGUCAUUUGGGAUGAGGCUCCAAUGACUAACCGUUUUGUAUUUGAGGCCGUUGAUCGCACAUUCCGUGAUAUACGCUCCAAGAUUAAUGAGGAGUCACGAUUAUUACCAUUUGGAGGGCUGACCAUGGUUCUAGGAGGCGAUUUCCGACAAAUUUUGCCAGUCAUUCCUAGGAAAGGACGUCAAGAAGUUGUUGCGGCCAGUAUUAACAAGUCAAAGCUUUAG